UCAUCAAGUAUGUAUCCUUCUUCUUUCGAUGAUUUGUAUCUUAGUUUUUUCCUUUGUUGCUUCUUCUACUAUUACAUCAAAACAUCUGUUUUCUUCUACUCAAUCAUCUAUUCAAUUAUUUGGAUGGCCAUAGUUCAAUUCCGCAACCCUUUUCUCAACUACGCCUUAAUGCAUCAUUACUUCUUUCUUAUCACUUUGCUUUAUCAAGGACCCAUCUUCCAUUCACGUCUGUCAUUUAUACUUUUCACCUCACUUUCUCAGGCUUUAUCAAAUGGGUGAGGCCUUCUAUUUUGAUUUAAUUAUAUAUUUAUUGUUGAAAAAAUAUUGUCUAAACAUGGACAAGUAAACUUCUAUAAACCCCAUGUUUCAUACCAAUCCAAUGGUUGACCAAUUUUCCCCUAUUGUUUUGGAAGAUUAUUUAGGUUGACAUAAUUUUUUAUUUUAUUUUUAAAUUAUGACCUGUUCUUUGUAAAUACUAAUUUUUCCUUUUUUUUUUUUUUUUAUAUUUGAAAUAAUAUAAAAAAUAAAGUCAAUCAAUUUUAAUUUGAGAGAAAUAUUGGCAGUAAUUAGCUUUGUCACCACCCAAUGAAAAUGACCACAUCUAAAAUAAUUCUUCCUAUUACUUAAUUUAAUACCCACUAUGCAUAUCUUAAUAUAAGUAAAACUAAGAAACAGAUAAAGCACCCAACAAAUCUCAGUAUUUAUAUUCAAAGUCAAUUUAGAUUUUUAUUCCAAACAUGUAAUUAAUCGUAUCACAUGGUCCCGAAAAUAUCUUUGAGAUAAGUCGAAUUUUCCAAUCGACUUUUCUUUCUAAGACACUUGUUGACUUAGUCAAUUUAGGAAGUAUAUUGAAACAAUUAAAAAGAUGAAUUUGAUUUAGGCUUUAUAUAAUCUUAAGUUUAGGAAUUUAAAUGAAUAUUAUUAUGUCGUAGAUAUCGUAAAUUAAUAAGUAUAGAACUUGGUAUCGUAUCAUACGAUGUUGAUAAGAACAUUAAUUUUAUUUUCGUCUCUCAUAGUCUAAGAUGAUGCAAUAUGAACAAGUCACCCUCCUUGUCUCUUUUGUUUUCCAUUUAUUUACUUUUCUUCAUUAGGUGUAGUUUAAGAAAUUCAAAAUUGAAUCAUCCAGGGUGUACUACGUUGAAAACCGUGGAUUCAAGUACCAUCUCCCUCUCUAAUAUCUUAAAAUUUCCUAUCUCUGCCCCCUCCAUAUUUUAUUUUCUCAGCUGCCAAGCUGGCUCUAAAGAAUAGUAUGCUCCCUAGUCCCUAUCUUUUAUACCCAAUACGCAUACGCCCGGCGUUUGGGAGUUUGAAUACGAAUGUCUACGUAACCAAACACUCUGGACGUUUGAGCUGGUCAACCCGCGCCCACAAUUUCUAGUUUUCAACAACUAUUCCACCGAGCGGGGGGCGUUUGUGUCAUUUCAAAUCUAGUUGUCGGGCUCCAAGUUCCAACAACUACAAGGUCCAACACGUGAUAUUUCUCAUGCGGUAUUUGAAGUUAUUUGAAGGAAACUACAGGGGUAGUGUUGUAAAUUCAGGUGCGGUCAGUGUGCUACGCCUCAGGCACGCCUUCGCUGUUGCUGCGUCGAACCCAAGUUUCUCAUGCAAGAAAAUGACUCCAAGUCAGGAGUCAAGACUCGACAGCCAUUAAUCAAAUCCCACUGUUAUAAAAUUCAAGACCCGCCAAAUUUCUUUGUCAACAAUGCGAAUUUGAUCUGUUUUACAUUGAACGAACAUACCAAAAAUCUUCUAUAUCUUUGAUUUGAAUCCUAUGCUCAAUCUUUAAUUCCAUUGCGAUGCUUUUUCUCCAUGAGUUCUGCCAAAUGGGUUCCAAGCUUUUUCAAUCAUUCAUCCUACACUCCCCCAUCACCACCUUCUUCUUCAUCUUCAUCGCUAUUCCUAUGUGCUUCUGCGUUGAUAACCAACAAUAUGAGGAGUGCACAAGUAGUCUGUACGAGUGCGGCGACAUGAAAGGCAUAGGGUAUCCUUUCUGGGGAGAUGGUCGACCUAAAUUCUGUGGGCAACAAGGGUUCGAGCUCAAGUGCCAGAAUGAUGAUUACCCUCUUAUAGAUAUUGGUUCUUUGGAAUUCCGAGUACUCAAUAUCAGUAAUUCCACUUAUGCUAUGAGAAUAGCCCGAAAGGAUUUCUGGGAUCAAACUUGUCCUAAAGAAUUCCAAUCCACGACUCUCAAUUAUACGUUGUUUGAUUAUGCUGGUACCGAUCGAAACCUCACCUUAUUUUACGGUUGCCCCGAUGACGUGUUGUCCCAACUCCCGGCUACCUGGAAUAUUAGUAAUAAUUUUACAUGCUCAGUUGAAGAUAUAAAUGAUACCACUGCUUUCUACGCGGAUGAAGCGUUUCUGGGGCUUGAUCAGCACCUUGCAAUCCUAAGGACUUGCAAAAUCAACGUCACGCUUCCCGUUCUAGGAGCCGCUAUUGAUGAACUCAAUGCCAAUAGGACAGGGGGCGAAUUUAGUAACGGAGAGAGACUGGAAAAGGCUAUGAAUAUGGGAUUUGAUGUGGAUUAUAGCGUAGUCAGAGGGUUGUGUGUGCACUGUAAUACGACCGGUGGAAUAUGCGGAUCAUCCAGCACGUCUUCAUUUAGCUGCCUUUGCCGUGAUAAAUCUUAUCCAUAUUCGUGUCAAAAAUCAGGUAUGUUUCCCAUCAGAUUGCUCUACAUCCAUCAAACUGUGAGGCUUGCUAGGGUUCAUGGGCUUAUGGCAGAAUUGAUAAUUGCGUAACAUAACUUUUGGUCUAUCAAAAGCUAACCUCGUUGCUCGUGGGUUUUGGGAGGGUCAGAACCGUUGUCCCUGUUCCUUGUUCUAAUUUUCAGUGGUCAUGAAGUAUUGGUACAAAUUCCAAUUCAAAUGUUAUCUCAGGAAUCACCCAUCUCAAUUUUGGAUGGACCACUAUUGAAUCUCACUGGAUUAUGCAUCCAAAUUUAAAAUCUCCCCCUUGAUUAACCUGUCUAGCUAGCUGGAGACAAUUUUAUCUUACCAGAUCUUCUUAUAUUAUUGGAAUGAAGAUUUUUCCGUGCCAUAGGCUUCCUACUUUUCCAUUAUGAAACCUCUCUUUUCACCCUGGGAACAAAAAAAAAAAGAGCAGUACAUCCGGAAAACACAUCUGAUCAUUGAACAACUUUUUGGGUUCAAUAAGUCUAGCUCUAGAAUUUCUUUGGCAAUGUGGCGGUUUGAUGAAGUCUUGACAAGGUCAAUAGUGAACCUGUGGCUAAUAAACCUUCUACUGUUGUAUGAAUUCAAUGAAUAAAUCUAGAAUUUGCUAUGGAGCCAGUAGGCAGGCUUAUUAAUAAAGGUGUAGAUGUCUCAAACUUUGAAAUUUAGGAGCCUUUAUAAGCUAAGGCCUGCUGAGGCAGGCUGAUCUACCCUGAAAUUCGUACUCAGGUCCUUUAGGCUAAUUUCUGGGAUGUUUCUGCUUCUUGGCUUGAAAUUUAUUUUUUCAGUCGGAAGGUUUAUUCAUCCACAUUAAAUGGUCCCCAUGUACAUCCCUUCUUUGACUGUAAUGAUAAAGUCAAACUUGAUGAAUGGUCAUGAUGCUCAUAUCUGCUUGACUUUUGACUCCAAGGUAGGCCCCAGAAGGGGUGCCUGUCAAGCUGGUGGUUCCAUGGUUGACAUUGACCAUGUCAACCACCCAAACUAGAUGAGGAACCUUCAACUUGUUACCCCUUAAAUGGCCCAAGGUAACAUGAGUUUCCUAGGCAUGUCCUAAGCAUAAUUACACUUUUUCUGUUCUCUUUGUGCUUUGGUGAGGUAUGAUUACUUCCCAACAUUUUCCUCGAAACCAAACACCAUGUUUUCCAGAUAUGACUACCCUAUUUAAAAUAAGGCCUCCAGAGCUUUUCCUUGACUGUAUUUUAUUGGUAGAACCGUCAAUUUUCUCUGCAGACUUGUCAACUGGGCCAAAGUAAAUGAAUUGAGUCGAGAUUUCGUGAAUCUAGAUAAGUUCAAGUUAAAAAAUGAUUUACAUCACAAAAUAUAAUAAUAUCCAUUUCUGAUAUAUACAGCAUCAUGGUUUCGAGUUAGAUCCAGGUCCAAGUUGGACAUGAUUGCGAAUAGGUCAAUCUUGCAUCGGGUUUGGGAGUGCAUGAAUCCAAUCUAUUAGUAUUGUUUAGCUAAUUAUUUAUCAUGCAUACUGUUUAUUUAUAUUUUUCAUGUAAUUCUUUAUAUGAUUUUUUUGUAUUGUCAAAUAACUUUCCUUUUAAUCAAAUUGAUCAGCCUCCCCAUAGAUUUGAACUGUUCCUAUACUUUACCCAGAACAACUUGGGCUAAAAGCUUGUGCUUCAAGCUCACUCCAACUUCAUCCUGGGCCAAGGGUAGGCCAACCCAAAACUGUGAUUGAUAGAGGUCUCCUCCCCAUUGCUAUGUACUCUCUAUGAUUUGUAGAAAUGGUUUGGUUAGAAGGAGUCAACUCAAUUGGCUCAAUGAUGUCAAGGGCUUGCUUGUAUUUAGGUGAAUUUCAACUUAAGCAACUUCAUCAUGUGAACUUGCUUGAAUAAAACCUCAAACUUUAUAACCUCUAUUAGUAGACAUAUAACGAACAUCGCCAUUCAAAAAUCAUUCUCAUCUUGUGAUACACAGCUUUGACUCCUUAAUCGGCGCAAUAAUCCGGUCAUUCAUGGUCAAGGUUUCCCAAUUAUCGCUUCAUACACCAACCAUAUAUUCUUGUCUAUCUGUCGUUAACUAAGAAUUAAGAAUAACCCCAUAUGUAACUUGUUGUUUUCUGAGAGAUGGAUUUGAGAAUGAACCUUGUUUUGUCAUGUAUGGUUUGAUGAAGGGUGUUAUGGUCACUGUGGUCAUAAAAUUUUGAGUCCCUUGUGUGUGUCUCCGUCGGCUUGGAGUCAUCAAUGCAAUUUUCUUUUGGUUUACUUUCCUGGCAUGUGGAAAGAGGGGAAAAAGUUCUCUGUCUUUCCACACUUUCUUCCAACCAACCACCCCCACUCAGAAGGUCAUCCACUUAAUCAUGCCAUCAUCACUCAAUUUUACAUUCCAAAGAUGUCCCUUCAUAGUAUGCUUUCCAGGGGAUACACCAUGGGUAUACUAGUCUUUCAUCUA